AGAAACCAAUGGAAAAUAGGCUUACAUCGGCGACGUUGAAGGGAAAGCCCGCGCUUUUGGUAAACAGUGUUGGUUGUGCAGUGCUAGUAGGAAGAUUCUCUCUGUAUUUUAGUUCCGCAGAGCUGAACUUGUACUUCAAAUAGGCCGCACCUCUCUAUUGUCGCAAUUUAAUAGCGUCACUUUUUUAAAAGUGACAAAUUUUUUAGCUGCGAAAUUUUAUCUAUGCAUCCUCGCCCAUAACCGCGCCAGUCCUGAUUGGUAAAUUCAAAAAGCGAGCUCCAGGAUUUAAUUCGCUUUUAGUAGUCGAGUCGCCGCUCUACGUUGCUUGCUGCAGCUGUGUUCUCUGUUCACUUCUUUGCUAGAAUUCAGCAUUGUGCUGUAGCCCUCGUACGAAUAAAUUUAGAAACGUGACAGUUUUGAAACCUAAUUCAAUCGAGCAUGGCCGAUCAACUAACAGAAGAACAAAUUGCUGAAUUCAAAGAGGCCUUUUCCCUUUUUGAUAAGGAUGGUGAUGGUACAAUCACAACUAAAGAAUUAGGAACAGUAAUGAGAUCAUUAGGUCAAAAUCCAACGGAAGCUGAGCUACAGGAUAUGAUCAAUGAAGUAGAUGCUGAUGGAAAUGGUACAAUUGAUUUCCCAGAAUUCUUAACUAUGAUGGCUCGAAAAAUGAAGGAUACAGAUAGUGAAGAAGAAAUUAGGGAAGCCUUCAGAGUCUUUGACAAAGACGGUAAUGGAUUCAUCAGUGCGGCAGAAUUGCGUCAUGUUAUGACAAAUCUUGGAGAAAAGCUCACAGAUGAAGAGGUUGAUGAAAUGAUUAGGGAAGCUGAUAUUGAUGGAGAUGGUCAAGUAAACUAUGAAGAAUUCGUGACCAUGAUGACGUCAAAAUGAUUUUAACACAGUGAUUCCUGUAAAUUUUUUCUUGCUUUCCAAACUUAUGUAUGUUGUCCGGCUAGUUUGAAAGUUCUGUUGUGAAUGUUACCUCUGUAAAGACACUUUUGUACCAUAUUCCAUCAGUGCAUAUUGGCAUUGAUGUUAUAUAUCAUACGUCAAUACGUGUUGUUGUUAGACCUGUCCUGUGCUUUUGUACAUUUCCAACUUCCAUUAAAAGUUUAGACUCCAAA